CACAGCAGCACUCUUCUCGUUUCUACAUCUCUUCGUCAGUCGCUCUUUUAUGAAGAUUUGUUUCGAGAAAUAAGAGAUACUGAAAGCUGCUAUGGAAGUCUCCCCUCGACGUGUGUCCUACUACUAUGACCCGGAUAUUGGAUGCUUUUCAUAUGGCCAACCACAUCCAAUGAAGCCACUACGAAUGCGUAUAACGCACGAGCUCUUGACAGCAUAUGACUUGCUUCCAAGACUGGACGUUAUGAGAGCUAAAAGAGCUACGCCGGAGAUGAUGACAGCCUUUCAUACAGACGAAUAUGUCCAUUUCUUGAAUAGGGUGACGCCUGAUACCGCGGAGGCAUUGACGUACCAGGGCACAAGAUUUCUGAUGGGGGAUGACAACCCGGCGUUUGAGGGAAUCUUUGAAUUCUGCUCAAUAUCAGCGGGUGGUACCAUAGCUGCUGCCCAGCGCCUAACAUCUGGGCUUUCUGACAUCGCUCUAAACUGGGCUGGAGGCCUCCAUCACGCCAAAAAGCGUGAGGCUUCUGGAUUCUGCUAUAUCAACGACAUCGUCCUCGGGAUCCUCGAGCUUCUCAAGCACUUCCCGCGCGUCUUGUAUGUAGACAUAGAUUGUCAUCACGGAGACGGAGUAGAAGAAGCUUUCUAUACGACGGACAGGGUCUUGACGUGUAGUUUUCACAAGUUCGGAGACUAUUUUCCUGGGACGGGGACGAUAGAGGAUAGAGGGACAGGAGCAGGACGAGGCUACACUGUCAAUGUCCCACUGAAGAAUGGACUGGGUGAUGAGUCCUUCAAAAGUAUAUUUGAACCAGUCAUCCAAGCCAUCCUUGACAGAUUCCAACCCUCCGCCAUAGUUCUCCAAUGCGGUUCCGACUCCCUUUCGGGGGACAAGCUCGGCUGCUUCAACAUAACGAUGCACGGGCAUGCCUCUGCCGUCCAAUUUCUUCGGCGCUUCAAUAUCCCCAUGAUCCUCGUCGGCGGAGGCGGGUAUACCGUGAAGAACGCGUCGAGGACUUGGGCGUUCGAGACGGCGUGCGCAUUGGGGGUGGAGGACCAGUUAGAUCCGAGGUUACCGUGGAACGAGUUUUUUGAGUGGUUUGGGCCGAGGUAUAGGCUUGAGGUGGUGGCGAGCAAUGUGGAAGAUAUGAACUUGAGGGAUGAGGAGGGAAGUCUGAAGCAGGUUAUGGCUGAUGUUUUGAAGAAUAUACACGACUUGCCGCCAGUACCGUCCGUACAGUUGCAAGACGUCCCACGGCAAGAUUUGGGUGAACACCUCGGGCUUUGGAAUAAUGAUGACCAGCUCUCGAAAGACGAGCUGGACGAGAAACUCGCUCAACAAGCAGCCUAUACCUACUCUCUAAAAGAUCCCACCAACCGCCCAGACGGCUUCGAACCCUCAUCUUCGUCAGACCCCGAGCCAGAAUCCGACACAUCGACAUACUCCUCGCAACGUCGGAGACGUCAACGCGUUCGUCAGGCCAGGAAAGCUCGUGCCAAGCCGCGAAUGAGUAUCAUAUCGAAUUCAUGGUACGAUGUCCCACCACUGGAUCACUUCGGGUUCUACGAUUAUGGGGAGAGCGAGAGGGUGAGCAGUGGCGGUCAGGGUAAUGGGUCAGAGAAAGGGAAGGGAAAUAUGUUGUGGGAUAGUGGGGCGAGGUGGGAUAUGGCGAGUGGGAGGGUGGUGGUGCAGGAAGCUCUGGAUCUGAGACUUAGUGUCGGGGAGAUGAUGGGACGGGGUCCGAAUGGUGAGCCGUAUUAUGGGGAUCUGGGUGGAGAGGAUGGUGAGGAUGAAGGAGAGACGGAGAGCGAUGGGGAAGAGGACGAUGAGGUGGUCAAGCAGGAGGAAGAGGAGGAGGAAGAGACGAUGGACGAGGAUGACGAGUAG